AUGGAGUCGCUGGAGCGGUGGAUGCGGGUGGGCGGCAGCAGGACGCCGAGCAACGUGGUCGGCGAGGUGGUGGCCGGCGUGGGAGGAGGCGCUGCGGCCGCCGUCGGCCAGGCGCCAACGCUGGUCUCCGCCGCCGCCGCCGCAGCCGCAGCAGCAGCCGCCGCCUCUGCCGCCACACAGCCGACGCCCGGUGUCGCGGCGCUCGUCCGAAAGGGCCGGCGCCAUCUGAGCGCCACUUUCUGCCUGGCCGGCGACACCAUGGAGGGAAUCAUACAAUGCCUGGUCUUCCUCAAGGCAUUUUCGGUACGUUUUUUUCUCUAA